AUGACAGGUCAGCAUAAUGACGUACAUGCUCAGGAGCGCGACACGGAUUUCGAUGAGGCCGCAUCCGAUGUUGACUCGACUUUCAGCGAGGCGGCACCUUCGCUGAUAUCGUUGCGCUCUAGCAUUUUUGACUACGAGUUUGAAAAUGGGCGGACGUACCAUUCCAUGAGCCGAGGCAAAUACGCUUACCCAAACGACGAUCUUGAAGUUGAGCGGCUGAAACUGCAGCAUCACAUAUGGCUGAUAACAUUGGACGGAGAGCUAGCUUGCAGUCCUGAAAAGCAUAAGGCGAAGAGGGUGAUGGACAUGGGAACAGGCACCGGUGUGUGGGCCAUUGAUUUCGCCGAUGCAUACCCUGGGUCUGAGGUCAUCGGUGUUGACCUAAGUGCAAUUCAACCAGAAUACUUUGAGAUCGAUGAUCUAGAAAAAGACUGGAAGUGGAAAAGACCGUUCGAAUUCAUAUUCUGCCGAGCCAUGGCGGGAAGCUUUUUUGACUUUCCAUCCAUCAUCCGGAAGGCGUUUGACAACCUAAGUCCAGGAGGCUGGUUUGAAAUGCAAGACCUCGAACUUCCCAUGUCUUGCACCGACGGUACCAUUACGACGGACUCCGCUCUUUGGCGGUGGCAUGCUGCUGUUGUUGAAGCCGCCAGAGCCAUAGGCCGGCCGCUCGACUAUGCCCCAAAAUGCAUUCCUGACCUUCAACGGGCAGGCUUUGUAGACAUACGACGCCGAACAGCCCGAUGGCCAUUCAACACGUGGCCACAGCAUCCGAAGCUAAAGGAGAUCGGUCGCUGGCAUUGCGCGAAUCUCGAAAUGGGACUCGAAGGGUUUUCGAUGGCUCUCUUGACACGGGUAAAAGGCUGGGAUCCAGCCGAGGUAUCGGUGCUUUGUGAUGAAGCCAAGAAGGAGGUCAGGAACAUGAACAUGCAUGGCUAUUGGAACAUGUAUGUGCCCUUUCACCAGUCUAUGGCGCAAGCGGUAUAG